AUGGCUCCCACGGCGCCGUUCGAGCCGCAGCAGCGGAAAUCGCAGCAGGAGGAGGAGCCGCCCGCUGAAAUCCUGCCAGGUGUCGAGCCCGAGGGGUGGAAACGCACCGGCGAGCAAUUGGCUAAAAUCCCAUGGUUCGGAAUUCCAGAGUGGGUUCGGGAGACGUAUGAAGGGAUGCAUCACGGUGAGAUGCAGUUACCGGGAUUUGAAGGCCCUGUGACGCUAGACACGUACAAGAAGCGGUUCGAGCUGCUGUUGCAUGUGGAGGAACUUCAAAUGGAGGCGGACAUUCGUUACUAUGACACGCGGGGAGUCCCUGUGCUGCCGUGCGGGAGUCGCAAUCUGAGCGAGUUUUACCAGCUGACGGUGCCAGGGCUGGCGGAGAAACGCCCGUCUGUGCUGCUUGGUGAUCGGGUGUAUCUGACGUUUGCGAACGAGGCGGGAGCACGGAGGCGGAUUGAGUAUCAGGGCUUCGUGCACAGGGUGGAGAGGGAGAGCGCCAUCCUCCGCUUCCACCCUGACUUCCACCGCCGAUUCAUCCCCGGCCAGCUCUUCAACGUGCGCUUCGAGGUGCCCCGCGGCCCAGUCAGAGCGUGCCACCUGGCACUGGGUCUCGCAAACCGACACCUGGGGCAGCACGUGCUCAUGCCAUCAGAAAUCCCUCAGAGGCUCUUCAGUAUUGUCCCCGCCAUCCGCCCCUUUGAUCGCCGGCUGAAUGUGGAGCAGAGGGAGGCAGUGGCACAACCGCUGCUGUUGAACGUGGAGCAACGAGAAGCAGUGGCACAGCUGCUGGUGCGCUCUCGCCUGCAGCUGGGCGCACGGCCCGAGCCCUACCUCCCACCCUACAUCGUCUUCGGGCCGCCUGGCACCGGCAAGACCAAGACGGUUGCCGAAGCUAUCCUACAGGUGGUGAAAGGGAUGCCCUUGGUGCGUGUGCUCGUGUGUGCGCCAUCCAACAGCGCCACUGACAACAUCGCUCUCCGCCUCAGAGGCAACCUGCAGAGCGGCGCUCGUGUGUGCUCCUUCCAACAGCGCAAGCAGGUGGAUAUGGCAGCAUCAGCAGGUGGGUAUGGCAGCAUCAGCAGGUGGGUAUGGCAGCAUCAGCAGGUGGAUAUGGCAGCAUCAGCAGGUGGAUAUGGCAGCAUCAGCAGGUGGAUAUGGCAGCAUCAGCAGGUGGAUAUGGCAGCAUCAACAGGUGGAUAUGGCAGCAUCAGCAGCCGCGGUCGGGACGAGGUGGACACGGACCUGCUGCCAUUCACUCGCUACGACGACUCCACGGGAACCUUCCGCCUGCCGUCCCUCUCAGAGAUCCACACCGCUCGGGUCGUUGCCGUCACCUGCUGCUCCGCUGCUCUGCUCUACCGCAUGGGCGUUCCCCGCGGCACCUUCACGCACAUCUUCAUAGACGAGGCAGGCCAUGCCAUCGAGCCGGAAGGCAUCAUCCCCAUCGCAUGCCAUGCCGCGCCACAUGCCGUCAUCCUAUUGGCCGGAGACCACAAGCAGCUGGGCCCGGUUGUGCGCUCCCUCGCCGCCCGGAAGUACAAGCUCCCCUGCUCGUACCUCGAGCGGCUGGCGAGCCUCGGCAUUUACUCCGCGGAAGAUCAGGAAGAUGGGAGUUACAUCGGUUACAACACGAGUGCCAUCACGAAACUAGUCAAGAACUACCGGUCUCACCCGAAAAUUUUGGAGCUGCCCAACGAAAUGUUUUACGAGGGGGAGCUGGAGGCGUGUGCGGACGAGAUGGUCCGAUCUUCUCUCUGCCGGUGGGACGAGCUGCCCAACAAAAACGAAUUCCCGAUAAUUUUCCACGGGGUGAUGGGGAAGGAUGAGCGGGAGGGCAACAGCCCGUCGUUUUUCAACCCGUUUGAAGCGACAGUAGUUCUGAAAUACAUUACCUCUUUAAUGGGCUACAGGAGCCAGCGGGUUCCCUUGACUGACAUUGGGGUGGUUACCCCGUAUCGCAAGCAGAUGCAGAAGCUGCAGCAGCUGCUGCGAGGGAAGGGGAUGGACGCUGUGAAGGUGGGGAGUGUGGAGGAAUUUCAGGGGCAGGAGAGGCGGGUUGUGAUUGUAUCGACCGUGAGAUCGAGCCAGCAGUAUGUGGAGUUCGAUUAUAAGCACAAUCUGGGGUUCCUGGCGAAUCCAAAGCGGUUCAAUGUGGCUGUAACGAGGGCCAAGCAGCUGCUUAUUAUUGUGGGCAACCCCAACCUCCUGGCUCAGGCAAAUCCUUCCUCUCUCUCCCACCCGCCCCACCUCUUCGCUUCUCUCUUCCAGGAUCGCUGCUGGGGUGCGCUGCUGCAGUACUGCCUCAGAAACAAGGCCUACACGGGCUGCCCUCUCCCCGCCUCCAUCCCUCCCCCUGACCUCCCGUCUGGGUCGCAACCUGGGGGAUCCGUUACAAGCUCCUCCUCUACUACCACCAGCACCAUCUUCGGUGGCCCCACUAUAUCUUCUGGCAGUGGCAGUACCACCAGCAUCACCAGCAGCAGCACUGCCGGCCGCAAUAGCGGCGGCGGCAGCGGCGGCGGCACGAGAGGGACCGUCAGCAGCACUGGUGCGACCCAGGAGCUGCUGGAUUCGCUCGCCAGGCUGUCACUGCAGGAGGAUGACGAUGCUGACAGCGCGCGUGCUGGCGCUGAGUCAGCGCGGGUGCUGGGCGGGUUUUCAGCCGCGACUGCUCAUGAGGACCUGGAGUGGCGGGUGGAGGCGUGA